AAUGGCUGAACAACUAAAAGAAGUACGGAAUGGUUAUAAUGAAGAUAUAUUUCUACCUUGUCAAGUUUGUCAAGGACCAUCGAAUGGAUAUCAAAAAUGUAUUAGUGAAGGAAUGUCAAAAACAAGAAUAAAAGUAGGAAGACAUUCAAAAAAGACGAAUGCAGAGAAACUAAAAAGAAUAUCCAAUAUUAAAUCAAAAUGUUCAGCAGAACUAUUGCCAGUUUAUUCUGACGCUGAUGAUAUUAUUUCAAGUUGUUUCUCUAUUUUGAAUAAUAUUCUUCAAAGUAAUUGGACUAGAAAAAUUGAUAAAUUCGAUGAGCAAAUAAAAUAUUUAAAUUUAUUAUCCAACAAAACAUUCGUCUCCAUGGAUGAUUUUAUAGAUAUACAUCAAGUAACAGGUAUAGAGAUGGAUGAUCGGGCAGAAUUUACAGGAAAACACUGUGAGAUAUUUGAACUUGGCGUACAAAAUUAUUUACCUCUGUUAAAAGGUUUGCCAGGUUUGAGAGAGAUAUCUGACAAAGACUUUAUAAAACUCUUAUGUUAUCACGAAUACGAUUUUUGUUUGGUCAAUUUGAUAGCACCAGUUUAUAGAAAUUCAAAUGGUAUAGAAAUUUUUCUAGGAAAUGGUUCCGUAAAGCUCUCUCGUGAAACCCUUAAAUUAUGGCUAGGGAACAAUCUAGUCGAUAAAAGAAUCGAGGCUAUAAACCGUAAAGAUGAAAUGAACCUAAAUAGGGAAGAGUUAUUAUUAAUUUUCGCAAUGAGUCUCUCAAUGCCAGUAAAAGAUUUUAAAUAUUCACCUCAGACGUAUAAUAGAUUUGUUAUGGCACUUACACGAUACCUUCAAAGAAUAUAUGGAGAUUCUUAUCAUUUAAAAUUAGCGGAUUACAUAAACUUUUUAAGCUUUUUGUCAGAGAAAAGACUUAUAUACAAUAAAUGGAGAGAAUGUUAUAAAGAUUAUUUCUCUUGGGUAUAUAAGACACCAAUGUUUAGAAUUAUUUAUGGUGGAUUAAGUAACGAAAUUGAUGAAAAAAUGGAACUUAUCUCUGAUAUUCUACAUAAUAAAUCUUAUUAA